AUGAAAUCAAGAGCCCAUAUGAAGAUAGGGAUUGAUGAUGAAUAUGGAUUCAUUCACAGGAUAAGGCCUUCCAGAAGUUCUUCAAACAAGAGGCAAAGAAAGAGAGAGGCUUUGCAGAAUAGAUAUGAAGAUCUCAAGCUUAUUGUUCCACAUCCAGAACUCCUUGAGAUUGAGGAUUCAACAUGCCCUGACCCAAUAUUCCACAAUGAGAUGAAGGGGCGUGGGGGAGUUCCUGUCCCCAAACACUGGAAGUCAAGUUCUGGAAGGAUGUUUCCCCGCUCGUACUAUAAACCCAGCUACAGAAUCCCGAGAAAUGUGAUGAAGACAGGGAUUCCGGAGCUGAGAAAAAUGAUGAAAGAGAGAGAGGCCGGAAUGAGCCUUAGAGAAAGGAUAAGGGAAAAGCUAUAUCCAAAGCUUGGGAGGUCUUUGGUAGAUCAGCAGGUGUUGUACGAGGCCUUUUUCCUGGAGAAGGGAAAGCCAUAUCUUAGCAACUAUGGGGAAUUCUUUGAACCAGGGACAGAUAGCUUUGUAAAGAGAUGUUCACCGGGAGUAAUAAGUAAUGAGCUUAUGGAAGCUUUGGGAAUUGAUGAUGGUGCACCACCCCCAUGGCUCUUCAAUAUGCAGAAGCAUGGAAUGCCUCCAUCCUAUCCCGAUGCAAAGAUUCCUGGGUUGAAUGUGCCUAUACCUGAGGGAUGCUCCUAUGGAUAUCAACCCCUAGGCUGGGGAGAACCUUUAUUUGAAGUUAGUAAUGGAACAACUGAAAAGGAUACUUUACAGAAGGAUAUUGGGGCCAUCUACAAUAGCGAGAAUCAAUAUACUAGGCCUGUAUACAUUGAGGACUUUGAAGAAAGGGUUGUAAUAAACAAUAACGAGACCACCCAGGAUGAAUCACCUAGGGCCGAGGUAGCUACCAAGGAAGAUACAGAAGGAAAAAGAAAAGGGAGAGAUAGGAAGGAAAAACUUUAUAAGAGCAUUAAAUUCUGA